UUGGAAACAGGGUAUAAAGGUUUACAGAGCACACACGGCUCCUCACAUCGGCUGCUCGCGCUCUGUGUAGGUUUGGCUGCUGCACUUCAGAAGGCAAAGAAGACAAAUGGCGUUUUCUACCCGAAGCUUCCAGCUGGGUGCAAGCACCCGUUUCCAACCUACUGCACCCAGUAUCAGUGGUUUGACCUCCAGGAAAAUGAGCAUCCAAAGGCUCCAGGCACCCAGUGUCUAUGGGGGGGCCGGUGGCUCCGGCACCCGUGUGUCCGCCAGCAUCGGUUCUGGACAAGGCUUCGGUGGGAGCCUCCAGCUUAACGUUACCGGUAACGACGUUCUGCUCACUGGUAAUGAAAAGUCAACCAUGCAAAAUCUCAACGAGCGUUUGGCUUCAUAUCUGGAGAAGGUGCGUUCUCUAGAAAAGGCAAACUCGCUGAUCGAAAAGCAGAUCAAGGAGUGGUAUGCGAAGAACACCACAGACGUGAGGCAGGACUAUAGCUCAUACUUCAAAACAAUUGAAGAUCUCCAGAGUAAGAUCGGUGCUGCGCAGCUGGAAAACGCGAGGCUGGUCCUGCAGAUCGACAACGCCAAACUGGCUGCUGACGAUUUUAGACUGAAGUAUGAGAACGAACUCCUGCUCAGGCAAAGCGUUGAGAACGACAUUAACGGACUGGUCCGAGUUCUCGACGACUUGACUUUGUCGAAAGCCGAUCUGGAGUCGCAGAUCGAGAGUGUGAAUGAAGAACUGGCUUUUCUUAAGAGGAACCAUGAGGAGGACGUCGACAGACUGCGCAAACAAGUGGGUGGGUCUGUUAACGUAGAGGUGGACGCUGCUCCAAGCAUUGACCUUGCAACUAUCAUGGAAAACAUGAGGCGGCAAUAUGAAGAAAUGGCAGAAAAGAACCGUCAAGAAGCCAAACAACAGUUUGAGAAGCAGACCGAAGAACUGAACCAGGAAGUCGCAAUCAACGUCGAACAGCUCCAGGUCCAAAGGAGAGAGGUCACCGAGCGGAGACAGAUCUUGCAGGGUCUGGAGCUGGAAUUACAGUCCCUGCUUAACAUGAGAAAGUCCUUAGAAAACACCCUGGCUGAAACUGAAGCACGUUACAGUUACCAGCUAGCCCAAAUCCAGGAGGCAGUUGCCAAUUUGGAGGCUCAACUGAGGCAACUGCGAGCUGACAUGGAGGGUCAGAGUAACGAGUACAGUAUAUUACUGGAUAUCAAGACUCGCUUGGAAAUGGAGAUCGCCACAUAUCGCCGUCUGCUGGAAGGAGAGGACAUCGGACAUUUCCAAGUGGAAGAAUCGGCAGCAGAGAUUGAAAAAGAAUCAAGUAAAGUUAAGAAGAUCAAGACGAUAGUUGAAGAGGUGGUUGAUGGCAGGGUCGUCUCCUCUGAGGUGAAGGAGAUCGAAGAGAAGAUGUGAAUGGCACCAGCCGCUGAGCUUCUUGGAGCCCACGUCAAAACUAAGAGAUUAAACUUUAUGAAGAAGCCAAUCUCAUUCUCCCUAAAACCCAGAAGGGCUGAAAAAUGCCAGACUAUCCAAUCUCAAACAAUAUUUUUCUUUGUGUAAGUUACAAACUACAAGAUUUUGGGUUUACUUACAUAAAGAUCUUGACGAAAAAAGAGUCUGUUAUAAAUGUUUAAUUAUAUCACACAGUUCACUCCAACAGCUGCUGCCUUACAUUGUCUCAUACUUUCAACACAUUAACAAAAGCCUUUAGAAGAGAGCUGCUAUUUCUGAAACCUUGAUGACACCUCAUCUAAGCUCUACAAUAAAGAAUUUACUAGGUACAGCUUAUAGACUCAAAUAUAUUAGUUUGAUUGCAAUCUGAAGUUUAGUAAUCUAUUUUUUCUCUUGUGUAUCAGAAGAUUGAGUGGAUUUCUUUCUAAAAACACAUUAAAAUGUUGAUUCAGUGCACCUCUUCUGAACUUGAACUCCCAUUCCAAUGUAAUGCAGCUUCACUUCAGUAAACAAUUAUUUUAAAAUAAAUAAGUGUCACUUUUCAUCUCAUAAUAAAUCAAAGUGUAAAGUCAAAGAAGCCUGUUUAUUA